AUGUUACAUGUUUAUUUUAAAAUAUUCUAUAUAGCAGUUCUAUUUGGAUUAAUCUUUUUGAAUCAAAAUGUGUGCACACAAAAAGGACCAUAUGAAGUGAAAAAUGAACAUAAAAACUUAAAAACAAGAACAUUAAAUUACUUAAGAGAAAACAAAGUAGACGAACCAAAUAAAAUGGAAGAACACAAUAAAAUGGAAGAACACAAUAAAAUGGAAGAACACAAUAAAAUGGAAGAACACAAUAAAAUGGAAGAACACAAUAAAAUGGAAGAACACAAUAAAAUGGAAGAACACAAUAAAAUGGAAGAACACAAUAAAAUGGAAGAACACAAUAAAAUGGAAGAACACAAUAAAAUGGAAGAACACAAUAAAAUGGAAGAACACAAUAAAAUAAAAGAACAUAAUAAAAUAAAAGAACAUAAUAAAAUAGAAGAAUCAAAUCAAACAAAAUCACCAUUAAGGAAUCAUCAGAUUCAAAUAAAUAAUACUAUUGAUAAAAUAAUUCAAAAUUCCAAUGGAGAUGAAAAACUUCAAAGACUUAAGAGUACAUCCUGGUUAAUAAAUAAUAUGGAAUCAUCUGAAGAAGUUAAACAGAGACUUAGAGGGCUAGCACAAUCAUACAUAUAUAACCCAGAUGAAUCAAAAAAAAGAAGAAUAAUUAAAGAAAUUUAUGAAUAUAGUAAAAAAGAAGAAAAUGAUGAUAUUAAAAAUAUGUUCUUAAAAAUACUUAAAUGUAGAGAUUUAAGUAACACAGAGCCUCGAGAGUAUCAUUUGCCUUUAGAAGGAAGAACACUUCCGUGUUGUCUUUUCGUGUAA